AGCAGCAGCAGAAGGAGCAGCUGAGCUGGAGUGCAACUUCAGCUCGUGUGUUACCAGGAUCUAUGUUGACUGAUUACCUGACACUGGAUUGGAUACCACCGGUGUGCAUCACCACACGUCAGAGCUGAGGGAUUCAACAAGGCUGUGUAUUUGAAAAGAUUAGUGUCGCUGCAAUGGACGACCAGUGUGUGUCCCACGGCAGCCCCCAGCGCAGUGGAGGUCCGGCCAGCACAGAGACCCAGAGGCCGAGUGUCAUCAGGUGUGGGUGGCUCAGGAAGCAAGGGGGUUUCGUCAAGACAUGGCACAGUCGCUGGUUUGUUCUGCGAGGGGACCAGCUCAACUAUUACAAAGACGAGGAGGAGUCCAAGGUCCUGGGAGCCAUUUUCUUACCUGGAAACAAAGUUACAGAGCAUCCAACCAGCGGCGAUGAAGGGGGGAAAUUUCUCUUCGAGGUCAUUCCAGGGGGAGACAGAGAGCGGAUGACAGCCAACCAUGAGACCUACCUUCUUAUGGCCAGCACCCAGAAUGACAUGGAGGACUGGGUGAAGACGAUCCGCAGGGUCAUCUGGGCCCCUUUUGGUGGAGGGAUCUUCGGUCAGAAGUUGGAGGAAACCGUGCGCUAUGAGCGGCGGUUCGGGAACAAGCUUGCCCCCAUGCUGGUGGAGCAGUGUGUGGACUUCAUUCGGCAGUGGGGCCUCAGGGAGGAGGGCCUCUUCAGGAUGCCCGGACAGGCCAACCUGGUCAAAGAGCUGCAGGAUGCCUUCGACUGUGGAGAAAAACCUUCUUUUGAUUGUAACACAGAUGUGCAUACAGUGGCCUCUCUGCUGAAGCUGUAUCUCAGAGAGCUGCCGGAGCCGGUCGUCCCCUUCCACAAGUAUGACGACUUUCUGGCCUGCACCAACCUGAUCGGAAAAGAUGAUGAAAUGGGUAUAAAGGAGUUGAGAAAGCUUGUGGAAAAUCUACCUCCAGUGAACUACAACCUUCUCAAGUACAUCUGCAGAUUUCUAGAUGAAGUCCAGUCGUAUUCAGGAGUGAAUAAAAUGAGCGUCCAAAACUUGGCCACAGUCUUUGGGCCAAAUAUCCUGAGGCCGAAGGUCGAGGAUCCAGUCGCUAUCAUGGAAGGUACGGUUCUGGUCCAGCAGCUCAUGGCCGUUUUGAUCGGCCGCCACGACGUGCUUUUCCCUCUGGAUGAGGACAGCCCCACGGCCCUCGAGCUUGUCAACAACAACAUCGAGCUGCGGCGGCGACAAGGCGCCGCAGCUCCCUCCGCCAACACCACGGUGUCUCAAAACGCCGAGAAUAACAACACGCAGGUGGUGCGGCAGUGCGUUUGGGAAGCACCCGAGUCUCCCUCGCACCGCCAGCACGUGGACAACAGUGGCUCCCCGCGGUCGGCAAGCCCUCGCAAUGGCGUCAUGGGGCGCUUUGACAUCACCCGCAGUCCACCACUGACUGUCAAAAAGAACCCGGCGUUCAGCAAAGGCAGUGGGAUUGUUACAAACGGCUCCUUCAGCUCCUCGCCCUCUUCAGACCCCAGUCAAGAAAAGAGCCCGACGUUGAACGGUGGUGGGUGUUUGACGGUGCGGCGUACUGGGACGCUCAAGGGCUCCGGCACAAAAAUGGGCACCAGUGGCGUGAUGGGUGGAAGCGGCUCUGGAGGGAACGGGACUGGAGUUGUGCGCAUGGGCAUCUCCAGCACCGAUGUGGUCACGGGGGGUGUGAACAGCCGCAAUGGUCUCUGGGUACCGAAUGGCUGCGUGACGUUACGCGAGAACAGCAAAGCGCGCGACUGCUCCCACGGGGAUCAAACGUCCAACCAGAACCGUCUCUCCACGUAUGACAACGUCCAGUUAAACCAUCAAAACCUGCAGCAGCAGAACCACAUCACCAACACAUGUCUGAACAGCAGCCACGAGGACAAGCAGAGCGUGGACAGCGCCACCUGGUCCACGUCCUCCUGUGAAAUCUCUCUGCCCGACAACUCCACUUCCUGUCGCUCCUCCACUACUACCUGCCCUGAGCAGGACUUCUACGGAGCUCACUAUGAGGACCUGGAUGGACCAGCACAGGACAUUGAGUGCCCGCAGUCCAGUGGAGGAGGAGGAGAAGAAGGAGAAGGGGAAGGGGAGGGGGAGGGCAGAAACGGCAACAGAGAAGGCAGUGGAGGUGGAGCAGGAAGGAGCAGUCAGGGGACCAGCAGUAGUAAUAACAGUGACGGUUACUCUGUUGGCAAUGGACCCAGCAGUCACAGUGCUCUGCACAGUUUAGUGGCCAGUCUUAAACAGGAGAUGCACAAGCAGAAGACCGAGUACGAGGCCAGAAUAAAGAGCUUGGAGCAGCGCAACUUGGAGCUGGAGACGGAGAUGGUGGGCCUCCACGAAGAGCUGGACCAGGAGAGGAAGAAGUACACCAUGGCGGAGAUCAAGCUGCGCAACGCCGAGCGGGCCAAGGACGACGCCGAGCGGCGGAAUCAGAUACUGCAGAAGGAGAUGGAGCAGUUUUUCUCCACGUUUAGUGACCUCACUGCGACUGGCAACACCCCGGCCGCCGACCCUCGCCGACCUGAUCGUAACAACACCAUCUGGAUACAGUGAAGGAAGGCGGGGAAACGCCAGCCCAAGACUGGAAAUGGUUUAUUAUAUGACAUAUCGAGGGCUCCAAACCGGAUUUGGUGGUUGAGGGGAAAGUCGGAAAGUCGCAUUGCAGAGGUUAACGCCAUGUUUUAAUUUAAGUAAUAGGAGGUCAAGGUCUAAUGCAAGGCACCUGUAUAAAUGAAGACAUCACCUGGAGUGAUGCCAGACUGAUAAUAUCUGUAAAUACAGCAUUAUUUAAACAGCUCGCAGACACACUCCAACUCAGAAACCGGUGGUAAUCACAGUACAUUAUGGUCUAUGAUGAUACACAGUAAUCUAGUUAUUUUUACUUUAGCUCCUUGAGCCAUAUAGGGGGAAGGUAAAAUGUUGACUGGUUGUUUUGAGCAAAAACACAACAACCUGUAAACGCAUUAGGACCAUGCAAAACUCAUAAUUCACUUUUAAAAUCUAACCAAAAACAUUGUAUUGUUCUAUGUAAUUCUGUAUCUGCUCAUGUACAUAUUGGGGAAACAAUGCGGAAAAAACAGUCAUAUAUGUAUGUAAAAAGAAAGAAAAAAAAAAUGUAAGUAAUACUUAAAUGUUUAUCUGGUAUUUAAGCAACGUUAUCAAUGUGCGAUAUUUUAUAUUAAGAUUUCUCCUUGCACUUACAUGUUGGUUAAGUGAAGGUGGUACUAAAUGUUCUGUCGGUCAAUGUGUGUACCAUUUAACAUAUACUGUUUACGUGCCUGUGCUUCUGUGCUGUUUUAAUUUACCCCAUGACCAAAAAAGAGCCUGUAAUGUAAAUAUUUUAUAGAUAUUCGUAGACACUACUUGUCAGUCCGCGCUGUGGUGUGACGCAUAUACAGAUGGGUAUGGCAUGUAUUGAGUUGAUACGGAUUUAGGAAUGUUUUGUAGCUUGUAACGAUACAUUUUAAGACUUGCACGCUGAGUCAUUGGCACAAACCCCCGAUAAAAUAAAAUGAGUACAUUUUGAAUUUCAGUCGACAAAUUGUCCCGCUCCCUCUUAACAGGUGUGUAGCUGCCAUCUUUCUUUGACUGCUCUUGGGAAUUACACGUCACGGUCUACCUCUGAGCAUACGAGAUGUAAGUUUUAAAAAUAGUCACCCAUCGUCUUCUGACAAUUUAUCCACCUGACACAAACAGGUUUUCAUUCUAAAGUAGCAGAGAAUAACAAGCUGCAGCAGCAGAGUACCAACUCAAGAGUUGUGUUUGUGGGUCAUAACUGUGAAAAAGAAAGUGGAGUACAGCAUCAAAGUGUGAUUAAUGUUGAGGACAUCAAAAGCCUGUUGGCUAGAUUCAGUAGCACGUAUUGUGUGCAUGAUGGUGCUUGAGUCCGUGCGGGCCGAUGUUUAAUAAGUGAAUGUCUGUAACGUGACUGCAUAUUGUUGAAGUCUUUAUGAGUGUAUUUAUGUAGCUUUAAGCCAAAUGCACACACGCGGUGUGGGUUUGCUGAUGGGUACAAAACAUCUUGAGUACAGACCUGAGCUGUAUGCUGGCUACUCUUCCUCUGAAGACCAGGUCCCAUUUAAACCUGCUGCUGGUCAGUGCAGGACAUCUGGAAUGUGCACAUGAAGGGGGGAAGAAGUGCCUGAACAACGGAAGGAGGGAAAGGGGAGCCUGCGCUUCUCAAUUUGCACCCUCCACCGGGAAAUAAUAGGCUUAAGCCGAGCUGACAGCGGCACCUAGUUCUGUGAGUUCAACACAAAAGAGCAGAUUAUGGACGCAGGACCGGAGGGAGAAGGGGACUGGGUUAGUGGAAUAUUUUCAUGACAUGAUACUUGAGACACAAAAAAGAACAAAUUAUGAAUUAAAAAAAGCAUUUUUAGUUGA